GAACAGCGCGCGAGAGAGAGAGAGAGAGAGAGAGACGGGCAACAGCUGGAUUAAGAAAAAUCAGAGACAUGUCUAAGUGUGGAGUGAGAUAGUAUUUGAAAGGCUUCAGCGUUAUCAAGCCGUAUAAAGACUGAUAGAGUUUGCUCAUGCUGCGUCUUACGUGCUCUCCUAAGUUUCUGCGCUGUGCGCGUGCUAGCCGCGGUGAGCUAACGGUCCAAAAUUAAUGUCGGCUGAGCGAAAUGGAUCAGUCCGUGGCGAUUCAGGAGACUCUGGAGGUCGGGGAGAACUGCCUUAUUGCUGUUCAGUGUCUGUUACUGCUGAAAGAUUGUACAGAAAGCCGACUCCUGGGGCUCGUGGAGCACAGCAAAGAGCAUGCAUUAUUUAUAUUCACCCAUAGAAGAAUGGCAAUCACUGGCAAUGAUGUAACACUGCAGAAAAUCCUUCCAAUUUCAUAUGACUUUUCAGUUGUUGAGGUUUCGUCUCCUGAUGAACUUUCUGUAGUUGGUGCCGAUACUCGAGUUAGAGUAACAUUCCUAAAUGAAGAGAUGGAGCUCAAGCUGCCUUUCGGUUCCCACACACGUCUCUUCCUCACUGAAGUCAACAGAGCCUGGUGUGAUGUCUGUGAGCAAUACCCAGCAAGUCCAAAAUUUACCUGGCUUACUAAAUACCAGAAAACCUCUAAAGAGCCUGGUUUAUUGACACCCAGUGCAACACGGAAGCUUAAAAAAAAAGACAGAUCCCACACAACCCACACAGACAACAAACACACAAGUACCAGCACUGAGACAACCAAAGGAAACAGACUUAAUGAGAGCAGCCACGGGAGAGAGAAGGUGGAAGUGAGGAAUGAGCUGGUUCGCUCAUCUCAACACACUGUAUCCAACAAAGCCCAGAUGCUCACCAUGCCCCAGUUUGGUCUACGUGAUAACCUCGUCAAGUGUGAACUCCUGAAGAAAGAGGAAACCUAUACCUACAUUGAAAACUUCACCUUCUUCCUGGGUACGUACAACGUAAAUGGGCAGACACCGAAGGAGUCCUUGCAAACAUGGUUGGCUUCCACUUCUCAGCCUCCGGAUCUCUACUGUGUAGGGUUCCAAGAGCUUGAUCUAAGUAAGGAAGCAUUUAUCUUCAAUGACACACCCAAAGAGCAAGAAUGGAUGAAGGCUGUGUUGGAUGGCCUUCACCCCGAUGCCAAGUACGCCUUAAUUAAACUGGUACGGCUAGUGGGGAUCAUGCUGCUGUUUUAUGUAAAGAAGGAACAUGCUGAGUUCAUCUCUGAUGUGGAGGCAGAGACUGUGGGCACAGGCAUCAUGGGAAGAAUGGGAAAUAAAGGGGCUGUAGCAGUUAGCUUCAAAUUCCACAAUUCCGACAUUUGCAUGGUGAACUCCCAUCUAGCAGCCCAUAUAGAGGAGUAUGAGAGAAGAAAUCAGGACUACAGGGACAUCUGCAGCAGGAUGCUGUUCAAACAGCUUGAUCCGACACUUCCUCCACUCACCAUCAUGAAGCACAAUGUUGUCCUUUGGAUUGGUGAUUUAAAUUAUCGAAUAAGUGACCUCGAGGUCGACCAUGUGAAAAAUCUGAUAUUGAAAGAGGAUUUUGAAACACUCUACAAUCAUGAUCAGCUGAAGAGGCAAAUGGAAGAAGAAGCAGUGUUUGUUGGCUUUGUGGAAGGUGAGAUCAAUUUCCAGCCAACAUACAAGUAUGACACUGGCUCAGAUGAAUGGGACUCCAGCGAGAAGUGUCGAGUUCCAGCCUGGUGUGAUCGUAUUCUGUGGCGAGGGAAGAACAUAACCCAGCUGAGUUAUCAGAGUCACAUGACUGUGAGAAACAGUGACCACAAGCCUGUCAGCUCCCUGCUGGAAAUAGGGAUCAAAGUGGUGAAUGAGGCGAUCUAUAAAAAGACAUUUGAGGAUAUAGUGCGGACUCUGGACAAACUGGAGAAUGAGUGCAUUCCAUCAGUUUCUCUGUCAGAGCGAGAGUUCCACUUUAACAAUGUGAAGUUCAUGCAGCAUCAAGCACACACUCUGACCCUUUACAAUGAUGGGCAGGUACCAUGUCAGUUUGAGUUCAUACAGAAGCUGGAUGAACCAGCCUAUUGCAAGCCCUGGCUCACAGCCAAUCCAUCCAAGGGCUUUGUGGCCCAAGGGGCCAGUGUGGACAUUGAACUGGAGGUGUUUGUGAAUCGCUCCACUGCUCCAGAGUUGAACUCGGGCCAACAGCAGCUUGAGGACAUUCUGGUGCUGCAUCUGGAAAGGGGCAAAGAUUACUUUGUUUCCAUCACAGGCUCCUACUUGCCCAGCUGUUUCGGCUCAUCCAUUCACAUGCUCUGCCAGCUUAGGGAGCCAAUCCAGGAAAUGCCUCUGGAGACCAUCCACAAACUAAGCUUGUUACCCAGUGAACCAAACAACACAGACACUGAAAAGGCUUUAGACAUUCCGAAAGAAAUAUGGAUGAUGGUCGACCAUCUCUACCGUAAUGGCUGCAAGCAGGAAGACCUCUUUCAGCAGCCAGGACUACGCAGUGAAUUUGAGGAGAUCAGGGACUGCUUGGACACAGGCUCACUUGACACUCUCCCUGGAAAUAACCACUCUGUGGCUGAAGCUCUGCUUCUGUUCCUUGAUGCCCUUCCUGAACCAGUGGUUCCUUUCUCUCUGUACCAACAAUGCCUGGACUACAGCUACAACAGCAGCCAGUGUAAACAGAUCAUUUCUUUGUUACCUCAUUGGCAUAAAAACAUUUUUAACUAUUUAACGGCAUUUCUACGGGAACUGUUGAAGAAUUCUGAUCACAAUCGGCUAGACGUCAACAUUUUAGCCACAAUAUUUUCUGCCUUAAUGCUAAGGCCCCCCACAAAGCAAGACAUUUUGGAGAAAAGAAAAGCAAAGGAGUUCUUUCAGCAUUUCUUGGUCCAAGAAUCCCACUGAUCAUCACAUCACUGUCUUCCUAUUUUGCUGCACAGUAUUUGACAAUUUUUGUAGCUAUAAUUUGUGCCUAACUUGUUUAUCAUUUAUUUUAUCAUUUUGUCUUAAACUGCUACCAGUUGAAGUCAAUAAUUUUAAAGUAGCUUAUUAAAGAACAGCAUUGUUUUAUAAUAAAAGGAAUGAUUUGGGGGAAAUAGAUUUUAUGCACAUUUUCCAAUUAAGUCAAAAUUACAUGAUCAGCCAAGAGAUGUUUUGGGGUCCAGAUUUUGGUGCUUAAAGUGUGACGCUAAAAUAUCUAGUGAUGACAUCUUUUACUGGUGUACAAAGCGUUCAUAUACUUCGAGAUCACGUCAAAUUUGUAGUAAUUGAAAGUGACGGACGGUUCAUCAAUGUAAAUAUAUUUUUCUACUCAUCAACUCAUCAAUAAAAUUGUAACUGAACUCAUGUACUAAA